AUGUCUCAAACCGGUCUUGGCGGGUUUUCCGGAGUGUCCGCCUCAAAAUCUUCAAACUAAAUUUUCCACGCAUGGGGCAAUAAGGAAUUAUUUUAUCGCUUGUGGUUGUAAAAGGGUUAUCCCUAAGUUUCCAGGAAUUUAACAGACUAUCGAAUAAAGGAUAAUACUCAUCGCCUUUCAUGAAUUCGGAAUUUGUUGGUAUCGGUGCUGUUAGGGUCGGAGAGAAUGGUCCAACUGUUGUAAUGAAAAAUCAACUUAGUGAAUCCACACGUUGUAUACUAAACAGCGCACUUAGUGAGCUUGAUGAUACUCCCGGUGUACCGUCAAUGACCAACUGCCCUCAGGAAACCAAGAGAAAAGGCACCAAAUUAUCAUCCAAGCAUCAGAACGUUAGCAAGGCAGAUGAAUUGUCUACCCGUCCUCAACCUCCAUGUUCUGUUCGAUUGAUCGACGAAGAAGAACGUGUUCUAUUUGAAGAUGCAGACGUUUUGGCUUGGCAUUUGGGUUGCCCUGCAGAUAGAACAGUAAAACUUAUCGCUAUUGUUGGAAAUACAGGUGAUGGGAAGUCACAUACUCUAAAUCAAGCGUUUUGCGGCGGUGCAGAUGUAUUUGUCACCUCGCCCUCGCAAGCCACGUGUACAAUUGGAAUAUGGGCCGCCUAUCUACCUAAGGAGGGCUAUCUUCUCAUAGAUACUGAAGGUUUACUUGGUGCUAGCCCUAAUCCUAAUCGACAAAGACGUUUACUGUUGAAGGUUUUUGCAUUAGCUGAUGUUGUCAUCUAUCGUACUAUGUCUGAUCGUCUUCAUAGUGAUAUGUUCACUUUCCUUGCGGAUGCAAGCGAUGCUUUUUCAGAACAUUUUCGCCCAGAUUUAGAAGCACUAGCUGAACGUACUGGUUUACCAUGGACACCUGGUCAGCUAGGCCCAGUUGUUGUUAUAUUUCAAGAGACGCAACAUACCCUCCCACUUGAUGAACCUCACAGCAUAGCUUCAGUGAACAAUAAUACAUGCACUGAUCGUUUGGGGUCUGCGGAACCAUCUAAUGAAAGAAUGUCAACUUUAAGUUCAAGGUUUCUGACAGAACGCCUUGUGGCAAUGAGACGCAACGCGAAUGCAUUUUCUUCACUUGUGUAUGUUGGAACACAAACUAAAGUACCUCCAACAAAUUUCCAGCCUCUAGCCUCUAUGGUUGCCAAAAAGAUACGUGAUAUAUCUGUCAGAGCUCCACGCAAACUGGUGCAUAUAUUUCAUAUCCUUCAAGCACUUAACACUCGUUUUUCAUCCGAUCUUCCCUGCUCGUCACCAACAUUUGUUGAAGAGUACUUCACGUGUCCAUGCAAAUGUAUCAGCUGUGGUGUUAGAUGUUGCUUGAGUGUUAACCAUACGUCAAACAAUGUCGGUCAUAAAGCUGAAUAUGUGGGUUCCAAUGGCGUUAGUGCGUCACCGUGUCGUUACGAACCAUCGCUUCAGAAUAAACUAUACUUUUGUAAGCUAUGUUAUGCCUAUGGUCAAAAAACAAUGAUGGUUCCUAAGAGUGGUGAGUCAAAUACCAAUGCUUUGUCAGCUGUUGUAAAAUAUCUUUGGGCUGGUUAUGUUUUAGAAUGCCCAAGGCAUGGCACCAUCUAUCGUAGUCGUGGUUACUGGUCUGGUAACGUAGAGCCAGAAAUGAAUCCUCAAGUACAUUGGGAAAUCGUACAUGUUUGGCAAGGAGAAAAGUCAAUACUCUCGGGUACUCAUCCAGUUAGUCAGUUAUUGUUAGAUGGACUAACUGUCGUUUCUAGUCAAGUAAGUCAGUUGGCUGGUCCUCCAGCACGUCGUUUGGGAGAUCUUAUUGCUGACAGCGUGGCUCCUCGGUAUUGGCAACCUAAUUCCAGUAUUAAAGCUUGUGCUGUUUGUAAGGUUGAAUUUCAAAGUUCAUCAGAUGAUUCUGUUUGCAACCGUAAUUCACUUGUUAGACAAAAAUCUGCUACCGAUAAAAAGCAACCAACACCAUCUUUUGUUGAUGAUAGUUCUCAGAAAGAUAAGAUGUUUACUGGCAAAGAUAAUUCAAUGCUUAAUCGGUCGUCAUCGUUUUCAGAUUCGCUAAAUAAAGAGAAAAGUUCUACUAAACCAUUAAAACCUUUUAUUGAUGACUUAUCAAAACAUCAUUGUCGAGCUUGUGGUAGAGGUGUCUGUGCCAAGUGUUCAACUGGCCGUUUACCUGUUCCGGAUCAAGGAUAUGGAAGUGAUGGUGUACGUGUUUGUGACCAGUGCUAUGAUGCUCGAUUACAAGAUAAAGGUAUCGAUUCAAAAACUCGUGUAUCUGGAAUGAAUUAUAAUCCUCAAAUCAAUAACAAUUCUUUAACUGGUCGUAAGGUAAUUGAAAUGUUGUCUGCUACAGCUGAUUACAUAGCACCAAUAUAUACUGGACCUAAAGGUAUUCUGUACAUAUUGUUAUUACUUUCCACUGUAAUUUGAAAUGAAUCCAAUUAAUAUUGAGUUAUUUUGGCACAUGUCUAACCGGAUUUUUGUGAGUAAAAACACGGAACUUUCAGUUUGCUUAGUGUAAUGCAUGUGUACAAUACUGACGUCAUAUGACCAACUGUAUUAUGGAGUAAAAAGUACACAUAUUUGACAAACGAUCCUAUAAUUUUGGUCCUUAUUAAGAGAAUAUUCCCAUUUCUUCAUGUUAUUUGUUGUUAGGGGGAGGCAGACAUAUAUAUGAACUCUGCAUCAUAUAUGAUGGACUGUUUUUGUGUGUGCUGACACUCAACUUUUUAACUUAACUAGAAAGUAAUAUGCCGUCUUGGUUAUUUGUGAGAAUUUAAUUAAUUGUUUUUCAUACAUAAAUAAAAUAUUAGUCCAAGUACGGUUGAUAUUCUCCAUAAUGUAAUCUACUUUCUAAUUAUUUCGAGAUGUAGCUUAUAGGUCUAUUUACACGUCAUCAAAUGGUGCCAUACACAUUUUAUCAUAAUGAAGAUAUAGUAUAUUGAAGUUCAUUGAAUGUAUGAUUACAAUUUGAUGAAAUUUUGAAAAUGCCUGUAUUGACUGUAUCAAUCUCCGACACUGAACUUGAAAAAUCAAAGAUUACUCCAUAACCCAAGUAUAGUAUACUAUUCGGCUAUGAGGUACACUCUCUAUAUCCUUAGGUUUAGUGAAGCGAAUUCUGAUUUGCAACCGGUUGAUUUCGAUCAAUAAUACACUCAUCCAUUUAUAAACGUUUUCUGAAAUUCCACUUAGGUUAUUGACUGGGAUGUUAUAAUAUAUUUCAUUUGAGAAUUUACGACUACAGUUACAUAUAUCCCCCAUUAUUCGAAAAUCAUACUAAGAUAUUCUUAUGAAUAGAAAAUCUUAAAUAAUUGUACAUUAUAACAGUGAUGAAUUUUAUGCUUGUGUUGUGUACAACGAUUACAUCGUUAUUGGUGUAUAUUUUAACAAAGCAUGUGGCUCAUUAACGUGGACUUGACAUAUUAGAUCACUAUGUAAACGAUAUUUGCAUAUGUGACUGUAUACUAUUUCCUUUAUGGACGAAUGAAUUCAAUGAUUGGCAUUGAAAAAUUUUUCAUUAUAGUGGAAUAAGGUACAUAGUUUUAUCCAAUGUGUACAUGUUAUUCUUGGCUUGUUUCUCAUCUACAUUCUCCUAUUGUCUACUUCGGUUUGGGAACCCGGGCAGUAUCACAGCCCUCACACAAAUCAAAUGAGAUCUGUGUGGCGCAUAUGUAUUCGGUGCCUCCUUGUACCAAUAUCUAUGUGUUAAAAUAAAUAAGUAAUAAAACUAAUUGUCUGUUUACACAGACCUAAAAAGAUAUGUACAUAAAUUUGUCAUUAUAUUUAUCAUAUAUUAUACAGUUUUCUUCCAGUGUCACGCUCCCAAUUUAGUUAAUUAAUUUCUGAACUUUAACAGAAUCUUUUUUUCACUUGUUUCUCUACACAGAGCUCGUUAAAUCUCUUGCUCGACCAGAUUAUUGGCAGCCUGAUGAUCAAUGUGUCUCAUGCAACGUAUGUUCCGCUCAAUUUGGUUCGCGUUUAAGUAUUCAUCAUUGUCGUUCUUGCGGUCAGGGUGUUUGUGGAUUUUGUUCACAGCAUUAUCAACCUGUACCUAAAAGAGGUCUUGAUUUCCCUUCGCGCGUGUGCGAUCGCUGUUACCAGCCAAACAUAAAGAAUUAUGAAUCUUCUCAUCGUCCAACUGUAUCUGAACACCGAAGCUCGGAUUUGGCUAGUAACGUACUAAAUCAGCAAAUGCAACACCAGAAGCGUAACACUCAAGGGAUUCAGUACAACAAUCUUAAUGUAAACACUGCCCAUAAAAGGAAUUCCCAGGAUUGAUUUCACAUGUUUCAACUCUGAGGUGUAGUUUAUGAAUGAGUUUAUUUUUUUAACUCUUUAAUAUUCAGAAAACAUUGACGAACAAACACUGGAUUCUUACUGCGAUAAUAUUAAUGAAUUUUACAGGUGACAAGAGGAAUAUUACCAUGUUACGUAAUAAUAUGUAAAUGGUCAGUACUACCAUUAUUAUUCUUAUUUUAUUUGUUACUACUAUCACAGUAGUAGUGCUAACAAAAAGUAACUCAGAUUUGUAAUUUGAUUUUCAUUAUUUAGCAUAAAAUGUCAACUUUGAUAUAUCGAUGACUAUUUAUUUCUUUGUUUUAUCAUUUUCCUCUAUAAUGCCUAUAUAUUAUCUUUGUUGCUUUGUUCGUGUAUGUGUAUGUAUGUAUAUGUGCCGUAUACAUACCAUUGUUACUACUUUUGUGAAUCAGCUUUGGAUACUGCUACUUUGAACACUUUCUUUAACUUAUUAGAUGGGAUAUUUACUAAAAAGGAGAUUUAUUUUUUACAUAAUUCUGGUUAUUUUUCCGUAAUUCACGAUUCUUUGUAUGGAAGUCUGUGUAUGUUCAUUACUGAAUAGAAAUAUGAAGAUUUAUGUGUUAUCCAGUAAUAUACUCUGAUUUGAAUUACAUACAUUUCGAUCGAUGAUAUGGAAUAGAUCAUUCAUAAGAGCCAGCUGAAUCUAACUAAUUCACUUGCCGUGACGUUUAAUACUUUUAUUUUUACUAAAAUGUUAUUUCCAAAAAAAAACAGUUGUAUCCUUACUUAACAUGUUUUCAUAAUGCAUAAUGCUCUUUAUCAUUCAGUUAUUUCUCCAUUUUUCAGUCAUUAUGAUUACUAUUAUUAUCGCUGUUGCUAAUAUCAUAGUCAUCUCCAUAACAAUUACAAUCACUUAUUUUUUUAAGUAAAUAUAUACAUUUUCUUUUUGCC